AACCAGAGUAAUAAUGUAUCCCGGAAAAAAGCAACCGAUCGUCUAUAUCUCCCGUAGUGAUUGUUUCAGCGCAUGUCAUCGUCUUCAUUCCAAAAAACUCUCAGCCGAGGAAAAUCAGAAAAUAUUUGGUAAAUGUAAUAAUCCAAACGGACAUGGCCAUAACUAUAAAGUCGAGGUGACUCUUCGUGGUCCUGUUGACCCUGUGACCGGAAUGGUGCUAAAUCUAACAGAUCUGAAAGCUUGCAUGCAAAAAGCGUUUAUGUCAACACUUGAUCAUAAAAAUUUGGAUUUUGACGUUGACUAUUUUAAAGAUAAAGUCAGCACAGCGGAGAAUAUUGCAGUUUAUAUUUGGGAAAGAAUGGCUGAACAACUUACAGCUGGACUUUUAUAUGAGGUCAAAGUGCAUGAAACUGAAAAGAAUGUCACUAGUUAUAGAGGUGAACAAUCAGAAUAG